AUGUCGGUCGUAAUGAUUCUGUGGUCGUUGAUUUCAAUUACUGUGCUAAUUGUUGUGAGCGUGAAAGUAUAUCAGAAAUUAACAUGUGGAAUUUGUCGGUCGAGCGCACACAUGGUCGGGAAAGUGGUUAUAGUGACUGGCGCUAAUAGUGGGUUAGGAUUCGAAACAGCGAAAGACCUAGCGAACCGCGGCGCACGGGUAAUUAUGGCUUGCCGGAGCGUUAAUCGUGCUGCUGCAGCUAAGGAGCUCAUCAUCAAAGAAACGGGAAAUAAGGACGUCCAUGUACAGCAGUUGGACUUAAAGUCUCUUCGGUCCAUUCGUGACUUUUGUGAACAUAUAAAGAAAACGGAGAGCCGUCUCGAUGUACUUAUUAACAAUGCUGGUGCUGGAGGUCUCGGAAAUUGCACAACUGAAGAUGGCUUACAUAUAGGAAUGCAAGUUAAUUACUUUGCACAGUUUUUAUUGACAUGUCAGCUGGUGCCCUUAUUAAAAAAAUCAGCACCCAGUCGCAUUGUUAGCGUUUCAUCUGUCAUACACAAGUACGGUGAAGUGGACUUCGAUAAUUUGAACAUGGAAAAAUAUUGGAGUGAUUAUCAAGUCUAUGCUAAUAGCAAAUUAUUUAUAAAUCUGAUGACAUUGGAAUUAAGUGAGAGAUUAAAAGGCACCGGUGUGACCGCGAAUGCUUUGCAUCCUGGAGUAGCUGCAACGAAUCUAUUUAGAAACAUUCCAAAUACGUUUAUUCGUCAAUUAGUUGAAAGUAUAUUAGGAUUUAUGUUCCAAACGCCAUGGGAAGCAUCUCAGACGUCUAUUUACUUAGCUGUAUCUCCAGAAGUGGCUGAAGUGAGCGGAAAGUAUUUUAGUGACUGUCGUCAAAAAGAGGCUUCUAAACUAUCACAAAAUUACGAACUUGCAAAAAAACUAUGGAUAGAAUCAGAGAAAUUAGUAAAGUAUUCGUUUCCCGAAAAUUAGAUCAAUUUUGUAGAUCAUGGUUGUGGUGGUCAAACACGCGGUUU